UGCAUAAUAUUAAAGUUUACCUUUUAAAUAAUCAAGCGUGAUUAGUAUUAUGUCGAUAAAGAAGCUUUGUCAAAAGAAACGAGCGUUUGUUUAUACCCGAGUGUUCUCUUUCGUCCGCCAUCUUGAUUUAUAUUUCUCUAUGCUAAUUUAUGCACGCUUAACAUGUGUGACGUCAUAACCUGGGUUGAUCUAAACAUCUUGGCGCGAAAUAUAAAUUUCUAUUUACUUUUACUGCGCCAGAAUGUAUUGCCCGGUUUACGGUUGCACAAGCGAUUACAAAAAGAACAAAGAAAACAAUAUACAUUAUUUUUCAUUUCCGAAAGCGUCAAAUAAAGAAGAGCAGAGAAGGCGAAAUAUCUGGAUCGACUUUUGCAAGCGAAAAAACUUCCGUCCAUCGAAAUGCACUUGCAUGUGUUCCUUACACUUCGCUACUGACUCCUAUGUUCCAUCACAUUCUCCCGAUUUUUUAAAGUCGAUAAAUUUUUUUGGAAAACGUAAGUUAAUUCUCAAACCCGACGCUGUGCCAACUAUAAGAAAAGCACUUGAUUCUGACACCAAUAAAGAAGAGGCAUCAGCAAAAAAGAAGAGGUCGACAGGUAUCCUUUCAAGAAGAAAGGAGGUAGAUGAGUUGAUCGCUCAUGCUGAAAGUUUUGCGGGAAAAGCAGACGAGGGUGAAUCAGAAGGAACCAUACUUGAAAGCAGUGUUAGCGCCAGUGCCAGUGAGACAUGCCAACCAGAGGCGAGGGAGUUAAAAAAACACUCGUCAGUAUCUGUUCAAACUAUCCGUCUAGAAUACGUUGGUAAAAAUGCGGGUACCCAGACAAGUAGGAAGCUUGAAGGAACAAAAUUAACAUGCGUGACAAAAGGAACACAAACCUUCGUCAGCAAUGAAUUUUUUACAAGACUCGAGUCGCUCAAGAAAGCUUCAACAUCCUCACAAACGGAUCCAAUAGAAUGUGACAGUAGUAAUGCAAUUGUAAGUGAAGAAAUCAGGAAAGUGGAAGACGAUGGACAUAGCUUGAACGAUAAGAAAUUGGCUGUGACUGUGGAUUUGGACAAGAAUAAUAUUGAAAAUUCAGACCACGUUAAAGAUGACCACGACGAAAAUGAUGCAGGCGACGAUAGUUGUGACGAAGAGUUUUUACCCACAUCUGGCGAAGAAAGCGAAUCUGAUGAAGAACAUAUCGAAGAUACAAAGACAUGCGAUUCGGUCAUUCUUACAAGUGACAAACCCAUUCAAGAUCAGCUAAAACUGAUUAUAUGCGAGGAAUCAAUUGCGACUAUGUUCAGUGUUUGCUUUAAAUGCGGAAGUCGUUGCACUGUUUCUGUUGGGAACACAAUUGGAAGUUAUUGCACUAUCUACAUAUCAUGCUGUUCAUCAGCAAACCAUGAAAUAACCUGGUCAACAGGCCCUCUUCUGAAUCGAUUGCCAGCGAUGAAUUUACUUAUGGCGUCAACAAUAUUGAGCACAGGCAUGGAGUGCAACAAGACGUUGAGAUUCAUGGAAUCGCUAAAGAUUUUGUGUUUUAAGAGACGCGAGUUUUCAAAUGUCCAAGGUGCCUAUGUUAUACCGGCUGUAGUCAGUGUUUGGAGAACAGAGCAACGGAAACUGUUGUCCGAGAUUGAUGGAAAAUCGAUUGAAAUUGCGUCGGAUAUGAGAGUGGAUAGCCCUGGACACAGUGGGCUCCUUGGAGCUGGAAGCAGUCUUGAUUCAAAUAGAAAUGUCAUUCUCGAUACUCAAAUAAUUAAGAGCACAGAAGUAAAAAACUCUAAUGGAAUGGAAUUAGAAUCUCUAAAAAGGCAACUUCUUUACCUCGAAGAAGCAAAUGUGGUUGUGAAGAAAGUGGUGACAGACAGGCAUGGCCAAGUAGCGUCCUACAUGGCGGAAGAAAAGCCAGAUAUUGAACACAAUUACGACGUCUGGCAUUUAGCUAAAGGUGAAAAGAAAAAGUUGCUCAAAGCUGUGAAGACAAAAAAAUUUAAAGCCAUUAAACCCUGGAUUGGGUCUAUUAUAAAUCAUAUAUACUGGGUGGCUUUGUCAACUGCAAAUGAAGAUGAGAGAGUGGAAAAGUGGUUAAGCUUGUUGAAUCACAUAGUGGAUAUUCAUGUGCAUGAAGAAAACAAGAUUUUUAAAAAAUGCACACAUGAGGAAGUGGAUCGAGCUUGGUUGAAACCAGGUUCAGCAGCUUAUAAGAAGCUUAAAGAAAUCUUAACAAGACCAAGAUUAUUAUCUGCAAUUCGAAAGCUGUCAGGCUCUCAUCAAACCUCAUCCCUAGAAGCAAAGCAUGCUCUUGACAACCAAUUUGCAUCCAAGAAUACCUACUACCCAUACCAUUCAUUGAUGGCAAGGAUAUUUUGCUCAAACCUACAUUUUAAUGAAAAUUCACAACGGAAACAAGCAGAGACAAAAGAAGGAGCCCCCCGAUGGGUUGUCAUAUAUCCUAAGGCACAUAUGGGUGAAAAAGCAAUUGCUCGAAAAAUUAAAGAAGAUACAACACACAAAUAUAUACAAGCAAUCCAGCAGGAAACUCUCAAGCUGAGGAUGAACUAUCCAACACUAAAGAAAGCAUGUGAGCAUGCAAAAAAGAUCCUGCCUGAAGAGCCAAAAUCACUAGUUCAAAAUUAUCUUGAUGGCAAACAACCAGAAUGCAAAGAAACAGUUGUUUCAAGGAAAUACAGCAGAUUCACAAAACCAGCCUAUCCAAUUGCUGACGAUGGAACCACAUGUAAAUGCUCAGGCAAAUGUGCUACGGUUAGAUGCCCAUGUAAAUUAGUUGACAAGAGCUGUACACACGAAUGUAAAUGUAAGGUACAGAAGUGUUCAAACAAAUAG